AAUAUUUUUUUUGACACCAAAUGUACAGUCAUUUCAAAGUCAAGGCAACCACUGGUGGUCGGCAACCGACCCAUACAUACAUCACGUGUCGCGCAGUUCCUGAAGGACUACUACGAGGUGUUAGGUGUGGCCCGUAAUGCCUCCCCCAAAGACAUCAAGAAGGCCUACUACGAGCUGGCUAAGCGAUACCAUCCGGACACUAAUCACGGCAACGCGGACGCCGAGAAGAUGUUCCGCGAGGUGGCCGAGGCCUACACCGUCCUAUCGGACGAGCACCGGAAGGCCCGCUUCGACGCCGAGCAGUCGUCGCCGGGCGGCGCCCACCAGAACGAGGACUGGGAUGGUGUGCGGCGCUCGUCAUUCUCGGAGUCGUUCCACUCGUCCGUCGACGCGGAGGACAUGUUUCGCCGCAUUUUCGGCGACUUCGCCGACGAGUUCGGGAAGAAGGCGAAGGCGUGGACCGACUUCCCGGAGGCCGACUUCGGCUACGCGCCCACUCAGGAGGUCCACUGCGCCGUUAGCUUCAAGGAGGCGGCCCGCGGGUGCGAUAAGCAGGUGGAGGUACUCGUCCAGGAGGACUGUCCCAAGUGUAACGGCAAUCGUGUAGAGCCGGGUCGGGCGGGCCAGACGUGUCCGUUCUGCGACGGAGUGGGACUGGAGGUGAUCCGAGACCAGGCCAUACCCAUCAGGACUACGUGUCGCGUGUGCAAGGGCUCCGGUGUCUACAUAUACUACAAGUGCACGAAUUGCUUCGGUAUGGGACAGGUGUUGGGCAAACGGCGUCUUAUAGUGCCGGUGCCGGCGGCCGUGGAGGACAUGCAGACCAUGCGAGUGGACGUCGAGGGCCAGGAGCUGUUCAUCACGUUUCACGUGACGAGCAGUACGUACUUCCGGCGCGAGGGCUGGGAUGUGCACACGGAUGCCGUCAUAUCACUGUCUCAAGCGGUGCUCGGAGGCACAGCUAAAGUGGAAGGUCUGUAUAGCGAUGAGCACCUGGAGCUUAAAGCGGGCACUGACUCGCACUCGACCAUCAAGUUAGAGGGAAAGGGUCUGAAAAGGAUAGACGGUUACGGUUACGGCGAUCACAUCAUUCACAUUAAGAUUGAAAUACCGAAAAAACUGUCGCCAAAACAGACAUCACUAAUGAAGUCAUUCGCAGAACUGGAAGACAAUACUCGCGGAACCGUUGAUGGAGUCGUCAAACGAAAGAAGUGGACGGACGACGAGGCGUCGGACUACUCGGCCAAAGAGAGUCCAUAUAAUGACGGGACGAGUGGCCAAUCGUCGCCCGCUAUCGUCAGACUCGCGAAGAAUGUGUUUAAAAAACUUUUUCUGAGAAAUUCUUAGCGUUUAAUACAUUUUGAGAUUUUUUAGGUAUUGUUUAGUUUAGGG